AACUCAUCAUUGGAGCGCACGCACGCAGCGAACAAGCAGACCAACAUCAUGAACAGCGGGCUUGUACAACAUGCAUCUCCUGAAUGCUAUGCGCGUCACGAAACCCUGUCCGGUCUCCGCUUUGGUGCAUUUGUAAGCAGCCCUCUCCUACUAUACGGCCCGACGUCCACAACAACGGUGGACCGACGACCUACCCAGUCAACACGUGUAGACAACUGUAGUCAUGGUGCGAAGAAUGAUAUCCGAAGAUGACUGGCAUAAUGUGAAGGACGCAAAGAAGCGCAAGCAGAUUCAGGAUCGACUUGCACAGAGAGCACGGCGGAGACGUCUGCGCGAGGCAAGAGAUGGUGAUGUGGUCUCACAUCCAUCACUGGGCUCUACCAGUCAAAGAUCAGACAGCAACGGGCUACCCGCCUCCCACGACCAAAAUGCAAUGCAAUUAGCCAUGCAGGACGUGCAAGCGUGGGCAUCUCCCAACGCCGUAAAUUCCGACUGGCAGCUCGUCGAGCUCGAUAGCCUCGACAGUCUUCCAGAGCUAGCCUCAAGCUCCGCCGACACGCACCUCGCGGACCCAGAUCUCCUGCCAAACAACCUGCACGUCCUUCCAUCGCUGCUGUCCACGCAACUCACCUUACCCAUGACCGUCUGGACCGCGCUCUUCCUCAACGGCCAGAUCCUUUCCAUUCCCUGCAGCGCAAUCAUAGCCUCCAAGUCCUCACCAUCCACACCAUCAACCCCCAUCACCCUGCGCCCUACGGCCUCGCAGCUCACCACAGUCCACUUCCAGUGGAUCGACCGACUACCGUUCCCGAAACUGAGAGAUAGCCUGAUCAAGCUACAGAGCGUGGUGGACAUGGACGAGUUCCUGAACGACAUCUUCGUCGCGCCGAGCUUCAAGAUCCGAAAGGGAGGCGAGAGCUGGGACGCGCGGGCGUGGAGCAUGGAGGCCGGGUGGGCGCAAAAAUGGGGCUGGCUAUUUUUCUGAGGGCGAGCGCGGGCUUAUCGAGCGCAGCGACGAGCGCGAGGGGGGGCUCGGGAGGGACCAGGGACGCCAGGCGGCUUCCGUGCUCUCCCGCGCGCGCCGUGGGUGGGCACCCCGUUGACGCACAGCAUGCGGCUGGCCGUCACCGAACUCCCGUUCCACGACUCUUUGAGCCUGACAGCGGCCCACGCGCUCGACACGCUCCGCGUCUCACAUCGUUCUGCGCAGGUUUUUCGAAGCACGUGAAACUUCUGUGGCUGUUUACUCGAGUCUCUGCGUCAUGUAGAUUGAGGCUGCUCACCACUCAGACAGGUGCUCUGUUUGAUGC